CCUGAAACCAGAUCAGACCUUUAAAUGCCCAACCUAGUUCCUAGCCGCUAGCGUCCAGCUUAGCUGCAGCAUAAAUCACAAGACAGCCUUCCAAACAAGCAGCACAUCACAAGCAUCAUGCCGACGAGUCCUGGUUGCUUCUUUUGCUGGUUCUGACAUGAAGGUCUUCUCGAAGAGAGACAUUGAUGGCCUUCUGGACUAUGAUGCAUUGAUCAAUGCACUUAAUGAAGCAUUUGCCAGCGAGCAUGGUGUCGAGGCUCCCGGACGACAGCAUUACAAGCUUCCAGAAGGGUUGGAAACAGGGGGGGAAAGGGCCCUCCUUUUGAUGCCAGCAUGGGACCAAGCAUGGGACAACCCGUCAGGCAAUGAGUCCUUCAUUGGCGUCAAAACAGUGACAGUCUUCCCUGACAACUCCAAGAAUGGCCUAUCAGCAAUCGCGGCCAGUUACUUGCUCCUUUCAGGCAACACCGGACAGCCCCUGGCUUGCAUGGACGGGACUGCAAUUACUCUCUGGCGCACUGCUUGCACAUCCGCCCUCGCUGCCAGAUUUUUAGCUCGUACAGACUCCACUCAACUUCUGAUGGUCGGCGCCGGCGCCCUCGCCCCUUUCCUGAUCCGCGCGCACCUCACUGUUCGGCCCAGCAUCACCCGGGUCAACAUUUGGAACCGGUCCCGAAGUCGGGCGGAAACGCUUGCAAGCAGCCUUAGCUCGGACCCGUUUCUGGAAGGCGUUGGCGUGUCAGUUGCGUCGGACCUUGAGGCGGCUGCUCGAGAAGCGGACGUCAUCUCGACGGCGACCCUGUCAAAGGAGCCCAUCACACUGGGCGCGUGGCUCAAGCCGGGAGCGCACCUCGACCUGGUGGGCGCAUUCACACUCGACAUGCGGGAGACGGACGACGAGGCCGUCCGCCGCUCGACCAUCUUUGCCGACCGCUUCGACGCCCUGCGCGCCGAAGGGGGUGACGUCAUGAUCCCGUACCGAGCUGGAGUCAUCGACGACACCAGCUUCGUCGCAGACCUGGCGAUGCUGACACGUGGCGCGCAUCCGGGGCGUCGAUCGCCCAACGAGAUCACGCUGUUCAAGUCGGUCGGGCUCGCACUGGAGGACUUGGCUUGCGCCAAGCUCUUGUGGAGGAAAGCUGGGGACGGGUCUGUGACGUGAGCAUGGGGACGGGCUUGUGACGUCAGCAUGCCGUCUGCAGAUCAAGAUGGCAAUCACUGUUGUGCUGGCUUGGCGGUUCCAAUGGUGCGCCGCCGUCAAGCUUAACAAGCACUCGGGGGCGGAGUCGGUGGCCGUUUUUGCAUCUCGCUCUUUGUGACUCGAAGAGGACGGUAUAUCCGCCAGGGACGCCAGAUCUGAGAGGGCGAAACUUAUAUGUGGUCUGCUGAGGAUUGCCGCACAAGCAACUGUCCUUCAAAGCUCAAAGCUGCGGCAGCUUUGGUACGUCGUCACUUUGUUCUACGACGGCAGAGCCCAACACGUUUUUGCACGACGAGUACGCAGCCUGGUUGCCGUGUGAAAGUCAGCAAAGUGUUGACCCUGAUUCAUCCCUUGAUCAAAGACCCCGAAAAUUUUGGGCUAUGCGAGAGUUAGGCACUGUGGUUGGUUUUGAAAGCCAGGACCCGUUGCACAUAGGGUAAGGGGUACAGCCUGCAGCCGCUUCUAGAAUGUACGUACACUAUUUUCACCUUUUGUCGCCUAGACAAGGACUGUCCCCAACAGGCGCCAGGGUCCAGCGACAAAGCGACUCUACGCAAUGAAGCACACUCCUUGCUUCUCGUAGGUAGACUCGGAAGUGAAGGUUGUAGCUUUCAGUCCUCGUAUGCAGACUUGUCUCGUUCCAUCAUUGUUUUCGCCUCACCCUAGUAUUGUCAUCAAUUGCAUCAUCGAAAGUUCAGAAUGUCAUCCAC